AUGUCAGAAAAUAAACAAUAUCCUUCUUAUAAGGUGGUAGUCCUUGGUGAAUCAUCAGUGGGAAAAACUUCCCUAGUUCACAGAUUCACAUCGAAUCGUUUCGAUACUCGAACAUCGAAUACUAUUGGAGCGGCGUUCACGACUAAAGUCUACAGCACACCCGAUAAACCAGAUAGGAAGAUCAAUCUUGAAAUAUGGGAUACUGCAGGUCAAGAGAGGUAUAGAUCUCUCACUCCAAUGUAUUAUCGGAAUGCAAAGACAGCGUUGGUUUGCUUCGACAUGAGCAAUGUGGAAUCAACGUUGGAGACAGCUGAGUUUUGGAUUCAGCAGUUAGAACUAAAUAAUUCUUCUUCGGCAGAAAACGGUGUAGAGGUACGCCUUGUUGGAACAAAGGCAGAUCUAUUCAAAGGUAACAAGGCAGAUUUGGAUGCCGCGGUACGAGGGUGCAUGGCAAAACACAAUGUCAUUGCUUCGUAUGACGAGACGAGUUCUAAACUUAACGACGGUAUAGCACAGCUAUUCACAAAAAUAGUGGACAGUAUAAGUGACGAAUACAUACGACAGUACUCUGAGAACCAGGGCGAUGACAAUGGCAUGAGGAAUUUGCUUUCCUCCAGAGAGAUGUCAAGUUGUUGUUGA